AUGACCCCCGAAGCCGACCGCAUCGUCGAGUUCCUCUACCUAUUACCAUCGAGCUUUGAAGCCAAGGUCGACUCAAUCCUCGAGCGCAUUGCCAAGCAAGACUCCGAAUACUGCUCCUUGAUCGGCGUGAUAAAGUCCGUCGAAAUUGCCGCCGAUUGGAUCGCCCACAUGUCCAAGACCAACGCCAGCGCGUCCAAAGUUCGUGGCACGGACGCAGCCUAUAACACAGAGUUCGGUGAAAUAUUCUGCACAUACUGCGAAUGGAAAGGCCACGACCUCAUCGAGUGCCGCAACAAGAAACGCGAUGAAGCCAACGCCAGCCAACGACAAAAACGCCGCAGCAAUCCAUAG